ACAUCUGGCUCUCUCUCUCUCCCUUAUCCUCUCCCACCGGCCUCCUCCCCACUGGCCUCGCAAUCCAAUCCAAGGAGUCCACCGGCCUCGACACCAUCUGCGAGCACCUCAAGCCCAGCCUUUGCACGGAGUUCACCUACAUCAUUCGCGAGGGGGACCCCAUCGAUGAGAUGCUCCUCAUCAUCCGAGGCCGCCUCAAGAGCUUUGCCACAGACGGCGGCCGCAUGGGGUUCUACAACCGGGGUCUGCUCAAGGAAGGGGACUUCUGCGGCGAGGAGCUACUAACGUGGGUGCUCGACCCCAAGGCCGGCACCAACUUCCUGCUCUCCACGUGCACCGACAGGGCCAUCUCCGAGGUCGAGGCCUUCGCGCUGCGCACCGAGGAGCUCAAGUUCGUCGCCAGCUAGUUCCGGCCGUUGCACAGCAAGCAGCUGCAGCAGACAGUAGUGGGCGGUCGAGCAGCUGUGAUUGUUUUUCUUGAUUUUUUUUGAAUGUUUGUGAGUACCAAAUGUGUGUGGGUGAGAAUGUUUGUGAUUGUUAUGUGAAUUUGUGAUUUUCAGUUAUUUUUGUGAAUGUCCUACGAAAUUGUGAAUGUUCUGUGAUUGUUUGUGAGCAAUACAGCGAGGUCCGGUGGCGGUGAGCACGGUUAGGUCCGGUG